AUCCUUUUAUUUUUGUAGAAAUCCUUCCAGGAUCUUUUACGAAAGCAGGAAGGAGAUCGAUCAGUGUGGGAAUAUCCAUUUGCAGUUGCUGGUGUUAAUAUCACUUACAUGCUGAUACAAAUGCUGGAUCUUGAAGCGGUCAAGCCACGCAACCUGGUUGGAGCAACUUUUUUAAAAUUCCUUGCAGAAAAUGAGUCAGCUUUUGAUCUUCUCUACUGCAUAACUUUCAAGCUAAUGGAUCAUCAAUGGCUUUCUAUGCGGGCCUCAUACAUGGAUUUUAAUGUAGUGAUGAAAGCAACACGACGUCAACUAGAGAAAGAGAUUCUGGUUGAAGACAUAACGCGGCUUGAAGAUUUACCCUCUUACAAAUUACUCUCCCGAUAGUAUCAGUCUCCUAUUUUUGGCCAUGAGGCUUUUGUAUAUCAUUCCAUGCUCCUAUCUUAAUUUCCACUCCUCUUCUUAAUUCAGCAAUUUUAAGGACAUUUCAGUGAGAAUGAGCUAUAUAACAUGUAAAACUGAUGUCAUGAGCUUAAUUCCUUAUACGUGAUCUCAACAAGGUUUGAGAUUCAGCAGUUAAGUUGAAAGAUGAUAUUUGUUGCCUGAAAUGUAGGUUUGCUUGCUAUAUUGGACA